AUGGCGGCGGUGAACGAGAGCCGCGUGCCGCUGCUGCACGACGACAGGGCCGCGCACGCGCACGAGAGGGCGCCCCCCCAGCGCGAGGUGGGCGGGGGCACGGCGGUGGUGACGUCACUGGUGGCGGGCGCCGCCGCCGGCGCGCUCGCCAAGACGACCAUCGCACCGCUCGACCGCGCCAAGAUCAACUUCCAGACCUCGCAGACGCCGUACUCGUGGCGCGCGGCGGCCGCGUUCCUGUCGCACAGCGCGCGCGCGGAGGGCGCGGCGGCGCUGUGGCGCGGCAACAGCGCCACGAUGGCGCGCAUCGUGCCCUACGCCGCGGUGCAGUUCACCGCGCACGAGCAGUGGAAACGCGCGCUGGGAGUGGACGAUCCGCAGCAGGCGCAACAGCACCGCGUGGUGCACCUGGUGGCGGGCAGCCUGGCGGGCGUGACGUCACAGUCGCUCACGUACCCGCUGGACAUGGCGCGCGCGCGCAUGGCCGUCACCGGCCGCGCGCGGUACCGCACGCUGCGCAGCGUCUUCGCGCGCGUCUGGGCCGAGGAGGGGGCCCGCGCCCUGUACAGGGGGUACCCGGCGACUGUCCUCGGUGUGAUACCGUAUGCGGGCGUCUCCUUCUUCACUUACGACACGCUCAAGCAAAUAUAUCACGACCGCUGGGGGGGCGGGCGCAGUGCCCUGGCGAGUGCGUGCUGCGGGGGCGCGGCGGGGGCGCUGGCGCAGACCGCCUCGUACCCGCUGGACAUCGUGCGCCGCCGCAUGCAGACCGCCGCGCCGCACUGCGCCACCGUGCCGGCCACAGUGCGGCACGUCUACAGAUCGGAAGGUUGGCGUGGCUUCUUCAAGGGGCUGAGUAUGAACUGGGUGAAGGGACCCAUAGCUGUGGGCAUAUCGUUCGCUACGUACGACGCAAUCAAAACAUCAUUAAGAGACCUAGCCAAAGCACUGAUGUAA